AUGCCAAAACCACAACAGCAGCGGCACAGGACACAGCCUACUCACCAGCAACAAGCGAAGCCGCAUGUCGUGUCAACGCCGGGGAAGCGCGGAUUCCGAGCAGACCGCAACAUCGAUAAGGUCGUGUUGGGCAACACGUGUUUUUCGGCAUGGUAUCCGUCGUACUACGGCAAGGAGGUGCUAGGCGAUGUAUCGGGGAACGUGGUAGUCAAGACUGCUGGCGGCGGAGUAGGCACGACGUCAACGACUGGGUUUCAUUCUGGCGGCAUCCCUGGAGGUGUUGACAAGGCACAACAGCAUCAUGCCAACGGCGACAGCAACAACUCCAGUGUCCCACGAACAAACGCGGCGGGAAAGGAUAAUGGCAAGGGCAAGGCGGGUCAGCAGCAACCGACGCAGCAGCAGCCGAUGCUCGGUCGGCUCUACGUCUGUCCAUCAUGCUUCAAGUACUCCAAGGAGCUAGUCAUGUGGUGGGAGCACGUGCAGGCCUGCGACCGCCGACACGCCGUGCCCGGCCGCAAGAUCUACGUGCACCCCAAGGGAAGCCAGACAAUCCACGUGCGAGCCCCUCCCAAGACGGGCGGGUCGAGGAAGAAGUCGGACAGCGGCGGGGUUUUAACCCAGGUGGUGCAGGACGAGGGCGAAUGGAGCAUCUGGGAGGUAGACGGUGAACAGGAGAUGCUCUUUUGCCAAAAUCUGUCACUGUUUGGCAAGCUGUUUUUGGACAACAAGUCGGUAUUCUUCGACGUCACCUCGUUCAACUACUUCCUCCUUGUCUAUACGCCGCCGUGGCCUGCACUGCCGACCUCGGAAUCAGGCGAGAAGGACCGAGUCGGCGGCACGCCUUACACAAACGCAGCCGAGGCGCAGCCGCCGCCGCCGCACAUCGUCGGCUUCUUCUCCAAGGAGAAGAUGUCGUGGGACAACAACACCCUGGCUUGCAUUCUCGUGUUUCCCCCGUGGCAGCGCAAGGGCCUCGGAGCGUUGCUCAUGGGGGUCUCUUACGAAAUCGCCCGGCGAGAGGGAAUCCUGGGCGGGCCCGAAAAGCCUAUCUCGGACCUGGGCCGAAAGGGCUACAAGAGGUAUUGGGCCGGUGAGAUGGCGAGAUGGCUACUCACCGUAGAGCCGGACGGCAAAAAUGCGGCAGGAGCGGCAACAGCAGCACCGACACUAGUCAGCACGGGAGCGGACGGCAGCAGCAGCACCGCCGCCAUGGUCGACCUGGAGGAGUGCAGCCGCGCGACGUGGAUAGCGCUGGACGACUGCCUCGCCACGCUGCGCGACAUGAACAUGGCAGAGGACGCCGGGCUGGGCCCACCCAGGCCCCCAGCUCCCGACAUCGCCGGUCCGGACGAGGGCGCGGGAGUGGAUAACCGCGGGGCAGACGACCCGAUGCUGCAGGGGGCGACGGCGGCGGCUGAACAGACGGCUGCGACGGUCUUGCCCCCGUGGGGCGGCGCGGACGCCAAGCCUGGCGAGGAGCCAGCCGGGCAGCAGGUGCGCAGGGUCAGGAUAUACAAGGACAGGGUCCGGAAGUGGGUGGCCGACAACGGCGUCGACCUCACGCGGCCCUGCGACCCGGCCGGCUUCGUGGACGGCUACGGCGUCAAGGCACCGCCGGGCGACGAGGAGAAGACCCCGCUGUGA